UGCUGCUGCCAGGUCCAGAGUCUCUCAUGGGUCCCUGUACGGCCUCCCAUUGCUGCUGUCUCCAUCGCCACACUCUGCCAUGUGCCACUUUCAGGUCUCCUCACACUCCUGCUGUUUUCCAUUUUGUCAUAGGUUGCUGGCAGAUUACAGGCCUCCCAUAGGUGCUGCCAGGCCCCAAAUCUGCCAUGGGGCCCCCCGUACCGCCUCGUCACGCUGCUGCUGGGUCCACAGUGUGACAUGGGUCCCUGUACCGCCUCCCAUUGCUCCCACUCUGCCAUGUGCCACUUUGAGGUGUCCUCACACUCCUGCUGGUUUC